AUGGAGCGGCUGCACCAGCCGACGGCGCACGAGAUGCGCCAGCAGCGAGAGGAGGCGGAGCGGCUUGAGAAAGCGCGGGAAGAGAUGCUGGAGAGGCAGCGGAACGAGGAGCGGCGAAAGCAGGAGCUGGUAACCCGCGCGGCGACGAUUAUUGCGACCGCGGGGAUGCCAGGCGCGCGGGAGUUCCGCGCGGAGCAGGAGCGGCGGGAGGAAGAACGGCGCGCGCAAGAACUACUCGAGCAGGAGCAGCGGGAGGCAGAAGAGCGGCGACAGCGGGAAGACGAGGAGCGGCGGGAGAGGAAAGAGGAGGAGCGGCAGCAGAGGGAAGAGCGGCGCCAGCAGUUGAAGAACCGGGCGGCUACGAUUGUCGCUAAUGCGCCCUCGUGGGAGCAGACGCUACAGCAGCAGCUGCGGCAGCACGAUCAUGCUACAGCCGGGUUGCUAGAUCCAGAUGAUUCGGCCGCCGUUACGAAAAGGAAAGAAUCGGAAACUUCGCAGGCGCUGUCGUUGCGACGUCGCCCACUGAUGGUACAGAUCGACGACGCAAGCGACAGUAACAUUGUUACAGUCGCUUCCCCCGCGACAGGCUCCGCCAGGACCCCGUGGCAAGGAGCGGGGGGAGCGGAACGCAGCCCACGAUCAACGCCGGUGGCGACGGCUGCAUUCGCGUCUGCGCAAUCGGUGAUGGCGGGAGCCAAGUCCCCUGGAUCGAUCUCCCGGGGCCCGACUCGCUCGUUCGGAGCAUUCGCCGCGCCGCCCCCUUCCGCGGCAUUCCUUCCGCCUAAAUCUCCCGCUGCGCCGAUCUGGGGCGCAGGCGCAGUUUCCGCCAGGGAGAGUCAGGAGGCGCAUUGGCAAGACGUGAGUCGACCGGAGGCGAUCAGAUCGCCGAGGGGCGCGCAGCUUUCUUCGUCGUCGGGCGGCUGCUCCACGCGGAACUUGCACGGGCAGCAGCGGCAUUCAUAUCACGGGCAGCAGUGCGAGCCGCUCGGGCAGAAAAACGGGCACGUAAAGAAAUCAGUGUCGUUUCCCGAUAUUGGAUGUCUUCACCCGCCCGGGUUUCUUGUGAAGGCCGCGGAGCGCAGUAGCACUACGGUCGUGUCGCCCCGCCCGCCCUUCGCUGCUGCCGCCCCCGCGGACGCGCCUCGAACUCAGAUUGAUCUGAACGAGAGCCCUUCCUCCUCCUCUCCUCCCUCCCCACUUCCUCUCUCGCCCUCUCCCCACCCUCUCCUUCGCCACCCUUUCUCCCCUCACUCUCCCUCCCCUCAUUCCCCCUCUCCUCACUCCCCCUCGCAAGGCGCCGAGAAACCCUACGGCACGUCUCCAACCCCACCAGCCUUCCAGGGCGCGAGUAGAAAGAAGGACUCUCGCCCGCCACUCUCCCCCACCUGCAUUCCCCCCCACGCCUCACCCACCGGACCUGCCUCCAAGGCUUGGCAUACCUACCCCCGGAGCAAGAGCUCCGCCGAAGCAGACGACUCGCCCCAGGAAGGCAAAUCCCCCGAACCUGAGUAUUUUCUUGAUAGGGAAGGUAUUGCAGUAGGAAUGGGAUGCAGCAGGAAGCAAGCAGAAGGAGCAUCAAGCAGCCCGGGUAAUCAGAGAAGCCCGAGCAAUGAGGGCAGUGAGUGCAGUCCGGUGAACACAGCCGCAGGGGGCGACGGCAAGGCACGGGUAGGUUCUGAAACAGUGGCCAGGAGAGCGCUCGUGAAGCAUGCGAGCAGUGCGGCAGAGCGAAGGAGAGGGAAUUCUUCAGGGGAUGGCGCAGGGGAUGCGGCUGGGGAUGGUUCAGGGCGGGGCGGAGGGAGCUGCAGGCAUAGGAGGGCGGCGACCUGGACAGAGCCGGAGGAAUUGAGUCCGGGAGGGAGGGAGGAUGGAGGGGAUGGUGGGUCGCCAGCUGUUACAGGCGAGGCUGCUGCAAACGCAGAGGGUAGUGGUCGGUGGGAGGCAAGAUCAGAGGCAAGAUCAGAGGCAAGAUCAGAGGCAAGACUUGGGAGACUUGCAGCCAAUUCUGCUGCUGAUGCUGGUGCUGGUGCCGCCUCAGACCCAGCUGCACGUGAGGCGGAUGCAGAAGCAGACGAGCGAGGCCAGUGGGAGGAGGCGGAGCUGCAAAUCCGCACGCGGUUCUUCAAGGCGAGCCACAACCGUCUCUUCAGCCUCGCAGCCAAGGGCCUCUCCUCCUUCUCCAAACUCCUUGCUGCCGCCAGUGCUGCUGCUGCUGGGGCUGCUGCUGGCAUGGGCGUGGGGGGUGUGGGGGUGAAUGUGCUGGGUGGGGCGUUUGGGGAGGUGGAGGAGAGGUAUGAGGUGGAGGGGGGGAAGGAGCUGGGCGCGGGGCAGUUUGGGGUGACACGAGUGGUGGUGUGUCGGAGCACAGGGAGGCGGCUUGCAUGCAAGACCAUCAACAAGGCCGCUUUCAAGUCCAAAUCCGACAUCGAAGACGUCCGGCGGGAGGUCGCCAUCCUGAACCUCCUCAGAUCCCACCCGAACGUAAUUCACCUGGAAGAACCCAUCGAAACCCCCCAUGCCAUCCACCUGAUCAUGGAGCUGUGCUCGGGCGGCGAGCUGUUCGAUCGAAUCAAGGAGCGGCGGCGGUACAGCGAGAGGGAGGCGGCUUUGGUGAUGCGUGCGGUGCUGGGCGUGCUGCAGAGCUGCCACCAGCGCCACCACGUGGUGCACCGCGACAUCAAGCCCGAAAACAUCCUCCUCGCCCACCCCUCCUCCCACACCGACGUGCGCGUCAUCGACUUUGGAGUCGCCGCGUUUCUCAAGCCCGGGGGGAAGAUGUUGACUGAUGCCGUCGGGUCGCUGUUCUACAUCGCGCCGGAGGUGCUUUCCGGGUCGUAUGGGACACCGGCGGAUGUGUGGUCGGCGGGCGUUGUCCUGUAUGUGCUGCUGGCCGGCGUGCCGCCCUUUUGGGCGGAGACGGAGGGGGGGGUGGCACGGGCGAUCAAGGAGGCGGAGGUGGGGUUUAAGGGGUCGGCAUGGAGGGGUGUAUCGGAGAAGGGGAAAGAUUUGAUUCUGCGGAUGCUGGAUCGGGAUCAGAAGAGGAGGGUCUCGGCACAGGAGGCUCUAGGUGGGUUCUGGUCGUACAGGCCGUUCUUUGGACCACUGGCGAACUGCCACGUGGAGACCAUCUUUGCAGCCGUGGCGCGCUCCCUGCCUGCCGUGCGGUUCAGAAGGGAGUGCCUGAGAAUGGUGGAUGGCGGCACGGUGGCUCUUGAUUGGCCGAUAGGGGGCGAGGCGCUGGAAGGCACGUCGGCCAAUGGCGAGGUGCCACCUGGCACUCCCUGGCUGAUUCUUCUGCCCAGGUUGACGGGCGGCAGUGGUGACACAUGUAUGGAGCACAUGCAUAUGUCCCCUUUUCCCCUUCGUGCAUGCACCAUAGACGAGCCAGGGCUGACAGGGGACAGUGGCGACACGUACGUGAGGCACAUGCUGGUGCGCGCCAGGCGGCCUGGCGGGCGGGGUGGGCGGGGUGGGGCACAGCGGUGUUCAACUCCAGGGGCUGCCGGGGCUGCCUCUGCUCUCACCGUGCAUGCACCACUGCCGGGGCUGCCUCUGCUCUCACCGUGCAUGCACCACUGCCUUCCCUCAUCUACCCACCAGCCCGGGCUCACAGGCGGCAGCGGCGACACGUACGUGAGGCACAUGCUGGUGCGCGCCAGGCGGGCGGGGUGGGGCACGGUGGUGUUCAACUCGCGUGGCUGCGCCAACAGCCCCGUUACGUCGCCGCAGUUCUACUCGGCAUCAUUCACCGAGGAUCUACGGCAGGUGGUGCGCCACGUGGCAGCACUGCAGCCGCUCUCGCGCCUCUAUGCGGCCGGCUGGUCCCUGGGAGCCAACAUCCUCGUGCGCUACCUGGCGCAGGAGGGAGAGGAGGUGCCUCUGUCGGGAGCAGUAUCGCUGUGCAACCCUUUUGACCUGGUGCUGGCUGAUCGCAACUUCCACAUUGGAUUCAACAACUUCUAUGAUCAACGGCUGGGAUCGACUCUCAGGGGUAUUUACGCCAAUCACGCACCCCUGUUUGAGGGGCUGGGCGGGGAGUAUGACAUAGACCUCGUAGCACGAGCUAAGACUGUGCGGGACUUCGAUGUGGGACUCACACGAGUGUCAUUCGGCUAUCCCACAGUGGACGCUUAUUACAGUGAUGCCAGCAGCUGUCGAAGCAUCAAGGACGUGCGAUUGCCUCUGCUGUGUGUCCAAGCUUUGGAUGAUCCCAUCGCACCAGCAGAAGGCAUUCCGUAUGCCGCUAUUGAGAACAACCCCCUCACCAUGCUUGUGGGAACAUCCCACGGCGGUCAUCUGGGCUGGGUGGCGGGUCCUGAGGCUCCCUUUGGGGCCCCUUGGCCGGACAUACUCACUAUGGAGUUCCUCGAAGGGCUGGAGAAGAGGGCGGUUGAGGAUGAAAGCGAGGGUAUUCCCCAAGAGACUGCUUAUGAGAAGUUGUUUGGGCAAAAGGAGGAGUUGGAAGUGGUUGGAGAGGGUUCGGCGGGUGGUGAGGGUGGAGGGGGUCGUGAUGCAGGUAGUGAGGGAGGAAUUAAGGUAUCAUGGUAA